UAGUGUGCCUUUCCGAACAAACCCCUGUAGUUGCAUGUGUGAUGAGAUUUAACUCUCGGUCAGUUAUCUGCUUUAUGAAAUACACGCGAGGCGCUUCCAGUGGACAGAGGAAGUGUCUUCAGAAGGGAUAAACGGCAGAGAAGGGACAACUCUAUAUCUUCCAGGCGCAGGGUGAUGGGGAUGGAAGUUAUUUGCGGAUACUCAAACUAACAGUUCGAGCAGAUGAUAAAUGACAAACAGCCCAGACUUUACAGAAAGUGUUUCUUCAUCUGUUAAAUGACUUUUCGUCAUUUUUGUAAACUAUAGCUUUAUAGUGUUGGUCUGUAUAUCGAUUCGAAUCAUUUCAGCUCGCUGGACUUCGGUUCAUCUGCUUUUAUACAACCAAUUCUUCAUUAAAAACGCAUCUGAUUGAAUUUUGUGGAAAUAUCACAGAGAUCAUCCGUGCGUCUGACUUGGGAACCUACAAGCACUUCAGCGACAUUAACUGCACACCACUGAAAGAUGAAGCUUACUGCAUUCAUGUUCCUUCUCAUCAGUUCAGCGACAUCCAUCAAUCUUAAAUACAUCUCCAAGAGAAACUCAGUGGAUGGAUGUAUAGACUGGUCAGUGGACUUGAAGACGUAUCGCGUGUUGGCCGGAGAACCGCUGCGGGUGAAAUGCGCUCUCUUCUAUAGCUACAUUCGCACUAACUACAGUGUGGCCCAGAACGCCAAGCUGCGGCUCAUCUGGUACAGGAACAAGGGUGAUUCGGAGGAGCCAAUCAUCUUCUCAGGUCAUCGGCUCAGUAAAGAAGGAGAUUCCAUUUGGUUCCGCUCGGCGGAGAUGGAGGACAACGGAUUUUACACUUGUGUGCUCAGAAACUCGACGUACUGUAUGAAGGUGUCCAUGUCGCUGACAGUUGAGGAAAGUGAAGAGGGUUUGUGUUUUAGCAGUCGAAUACGUUACCUGGAGCGGGCAGAGAUCACUAGGAGUAAAAUGAUCACCUGUCCUGACAUUGAUGACUAUCUUGCCCCCUACAAGCAACCCAUCAUGACCUGGUACAAGGAGUGUCAGCGGAAAGACUGGAGAAGCUCAAUAAUCAUAAACACCACCAGCCUGUGGAUUCCUGAGGUGCAGGAGGAUGAUGGUGGAAACUACACCUGUGAACUGAAGUACGGCAGUAGAGUUGUGAGGCGGACCACUGAACUGAAAGUCACAGCCCUUCUUACGACCAGACCACCAAAAGUCUUGUUCCCAGUAGAGAGAAAAGCUAAUAUUAUAGACGUCCAACUCGGCAUGCGUCUCAUCUUGGAUUGUAAGGCAUUCUUUGGUUACAGCGGGGACGCUCGGCCCAUCAUCUACUGGAUGAAGGGGGAUAAGUUUGUAGAAGAGUUGGAAGGACACAUAAGAGAAAGUGAAGUCAGGGUGGUCAGAGAGUUUCUGGGGGAGAAGGAAGUGUUGCUAUCACUGAUCUUUGAUGCUGUGGAGGAGACAGACAUGGGGAAUUACACUUGUAAUGUGGAGAAUCACAUCGGCCGUGGUAGUGGAAGUGCCAUUCUGCAGAAGAAGGAUGUGUACAGGCUGGAGCUGGUCGGGGGUCUUGGUGCCAUCAUGCUGUUAUUAGGGAUCUUUACGGCCAUCUACAAGUGCUAUAAUGUGGAAAUCAUGCUCUGUUACCGACAACACUUUGGCAGUGAUGAAACAGAUGACGACAAUAAGGAAUAUGAUGCCUACCUCUCUUACACCAAAGUGGACUUCGAAUCAGUGGAGCGCGAGAUGAGCGAGGAGGAGCAGUUUGCCCUGGAGAUCUUACCUGAUGUGCUGGAAAAACAAUUUGGAUAUAGGCUCUUCAUCCCACACCGGGACCUCAUUCCCAGCAGCACAUACAUUGACGACCUGACCCGAAGUGUUGAGCAAAGCAGGCGUCUUAUUAUCAUCCUGACCCCUGAGUUUGUGGCCCGACGCGGUUGGAGCAUCUUCCAGUUUGAGCCGCGACUGCACAGUAUGCUGGUGACAGGGGAAAUCAAAGUUAUCAUGAUCGAAUGUUCUGAUCUCCGCAACGUUAUUAACUACCAGGAAGUAGAAGACCUCAAGCACACCAUUAGAGUGUUGUCUGUCAUUAAAUGGAUGGGUCCCAAGAACAACCAUCUUAAAUCCAGGUUUUGGAAACAAGUUGUGUACGAGAUGCCGGCUAAGAAAAAAGAGACCGUGUCUCGACGGCAGGUGUUAGAUUCGGGCGAGCAGGGGCUCUUUGGCGACCUGCAGGCCGUAUCGACCGUUGCCAUGACAGCAACUUCAGCAUCCUUAGUGCCGGCUCAUGUUGAAAUUCCAGACUAUAAUGAGCCUGCUCAUCUGCAAAUGCGUCAUUUCUGUCACAGCUAUGAAUACGAGUUGCCCACUUCUGCAAUUGCCACACUUAGCAGCCGUCACAUGUAUUGCAAUUUACCAAUGACGUUGCUUAACGGAAGACUGACACAAAAUAACACUGGGAAAGCCAAGAAGGACAUUCACUUGAAUAGCACAUUUGUACCGCUGUCCGGACAAGAACUUUCAAGUGAUAUUUGGUAGAAUAUACUCUUAACAAAGCAAUCGCCCGCCGGGACAGAAUCAAAGCUUUGCUGUUUUUAUUUUCCUGUUUCUUUUUAAUCUGCAUGAUAUCAUUUUAAGAUAAAAACAUAAACAUUUCAAUUUAAAGUCUUUUUCUUUUACUACCUGUUAGGUGUUUUCAGAUAGAUGAAGAGCUAUUGAGUCCUUACUUGAAUUUCUUCUUUUUAGAGAUUAAAACAAUAAAUGACUUUGUAUUUCUCUUCAAGGUAUUCACACUAUGUACAGCUUCAUAAUUAUUCUUUUGAAAUUUGACUGCAUAUUUGAGUGAAUCCACAAUAAUGGUUUUAUUUCUGAAGAGCAGAUUACGACUUUGGUUGUUACAGCACAAUAAUGUAAAGACACAAAGACCCUGAGCUUUAAAGAAUAUUAUGUUCUGUUUAUGCAAAUAAAUACUAUUCCAAUUAAAUAAGCACAUUGAUAUUGUUUGUAGCCAAUUAGGAGGAUGUAUUUACAUAUUUGAUUAUUUGCCUUGUCAUUUCUUGAGAAUUGUUUUUUAUUUAUUUAUUUAUUUUCCAGAGCUUGCUUUAUCACUGCAUUAUUUGAUGUUUAUAUGGUGUGUCUGGUAUUCAAUGAAAACAUUAAGUGUUGCCAUUGAUCAGUAUUCCAGUCAGUUUUAUCAUUAGCAUACAUUAUUCCUAUUUAUUAUACAUCAGAAUUAUAUGCUGUUUUAUCUUCUCUUUCUAUAGUUUGAAGCUCCUCUAAAUAUAUCAGUGAUAUCAUUUUGCAUUAUAACAGCUAGAAACCAUAAUUUUACUUUCGCAUCUGAUGAAUGGCACUGACUACACUAAGGUCCCGUACACACUGCAUAUUAUUUUGGUUGUCCCUUCACCUUUUAAUGCUUAUUCCUGUUCUGUACACACACAGUUCUGUAAUUUAUAGGACUGAGAACUGCAUUCUACAACUGAAUUAACUCCCGUAAACUCCAGGUAGUGACAAACGAAUUUUCAGAAACUUUGCAUAGUUUGUACAUAACCGAACUGAACAACUAGUUACUGGUAGUUAACAUGCAUCAUGGACAUGGCAUCAUGGACAUGACAGGUCUCUCUUCUGAAAAAAUAAAUGCCUAAAAGGGGAAAAAGUGCAGAAAAUGACGUUUGCCGACUAAUGUUGCCAGAUCUUGAGUGAAAAAAACAGCAAACAAGAAAAAUCCAAUAAUAAACCAAAAUAAAUCCAAAUGCUUUACCUCAAAGAUCAAAAUAUUGGGACCAGCAUCUUCACACUUUAAUAACACCAAAAACUUGAUCGCUUCAUGAGCCAAAAGCCAUAAACGGUUAAGCGCCAAAAUAGUAUACAAGUACAAAAAAAGUCAAGGACCUGGCAACACUGCAAGACUAUGGAGCAGCCUCACAAAAUGCGUACAAUACACAAUGCCAAGAUGGAGGUUUAUUUCAAAACAUAAUGGUGUUAUUUUGGUCAAAGCUGUAAGUGAUAAGCACGCGAGACAGUAGAACGAUGCUAUUGUUAUCUCUGUGUCAAUCAUCACAUUUUCUGGAGUGAGUCUUGUUCCGUACAGACAUAAAACAAACAUUUAGGGGAUUCACUCCCACUUUUAAAUACAUUUGCAGUGUGUACGAGGCCUAAAACUACUAAAGAGUGUUGCUGUCCUUUAUCUACUGAGCAGCUAGUCUGAUUUACAGGUUUGUUUUUGAAUGAGCUAAUAAAGUAUUUGUAAUAUAUCAUUGCAAAAAUAAUCCUCGUUAUCAGACAAGAAC